AUGGACCCUGGCACUCCGCCUCCAGUGGCUCCCUCUUUCCCUCGGCCCCCUCCUAUGCCACAGCCCCAGGCUCGAGCCCGGCUGAAUGCCACCACCUCACUGGAGCAGGAGAUUCGAGAGGAACCCAACACUGGGCCUGGACCCCACCCCACAGGCCGUGCAGCCACUGCUCCAGCCAUGGCCCAGCACACCCAAGGCCAGGAAGGCACUGCCCCAACGCUCCCAUUUGAAGAGGUGCUGGAGAAAGCCAAGGCUGGGGACCCCAGGGCCCAGACAGAGGUGGCCAGACACUACCUGCGGCUGGCCAGUGAGGGAGACGAGGAACUCAACAACUGCACGGCUGUGGGCUGGCUGCUUCUGGCUGCCAAGCAGGGCCGCCGCGAGGCCGUUCGGCUGCUGCGCCGCUGCCUGGCGGACAGGAGAGGCAUCACCUCUGAGAACGAGCAGCAAGUGCAGGAGCUGAGCUCGGAGACGGAGCUGGAGCGUGCGGUGCGCAAGGCCGCCCUGGUCAUGUACUGGAGGCUCAACCCCAAGAAGGAGAAACAGGUGGCCGUGUCGGAGCUGCUGGAGAACGUGGGCCAGGUGGAUGGGCAUGAUGGCAGUGCACAGCCAGGCCCCGUCCCCAAGUCCCUGCAGAAGCAGAGGCGGAUGCUGGAGCGCCUGGUCAGUUGUGAGUCCAAAAGCUACAUAGCGCUUGAUGACUUUGUGGAGAUCACCAAGAAGUACGCCAAGGGCAUCAUCCCCAGUGGCCUGAAUCUGCAGAGUGAAGAUGGAGAUGAAGACGAUGAGCUGGCUGGACGAAGCCCUGAGGACCUGCCACUGCGCCUGAAGGUGGUCAAGUACCCUCUGCACGCCAUCAUGGACAUCAAGGAGCACCUCAUCGACAUGGCCUCCAAGGCGGGCAUGCAGUGGCUGUCCACCAUCGUGCCCACCCACCACCUCAACGCCCUCCUAUUCUUCUUCAUCAUCAGCAACCUGACCAUCGACUUCUUCGCCUUCUGCAUCCCCCUGGUGGUCUUCUACCUGUCCUUCUUCUCCAUGGUCAUCUGCACCCUCAAGGUGUUCCAGGACAGCAGGGCCUGGGAGAGCUUCCGCACACUCACUGACCUGCUGCUGCGCUUUGAGCCCGGCCUGGAUGUGGAGCAGGCCGAGGGCAACUUCGGCUGGAACCACCUGGAGCCCUACGUCCACUUCCUCCUGUCCGUCUUCUUUGUCAUCUUCUCCUUCCCUGUUGCCAGCAGGGACUGGGUGCCCUGCUCCGAGCUGGCCCUGGUGGCCAUCUUCUUCACUGUGACCAGCUACGCCAGCCUGGGUACCUCAGCAGAGCCCUACACUCGCCGGGCACUGGCCACCGAGGUGGCGGCCGGCCUGCUGUCGCUGCUGCCCGCGCUGCCUGUUGACUGGCCGCCACUGCAGCUGCUGGGCCAGACGCUGGUGCGCAUGCCACUGGGCCAGCUGGUGGUGCUCAACGUCAGCGUACCCUGCCUGUUCUACCUGCACCUGCUCUACUGCUUCUUCCGCAUGGCGCAGCUGCGGCACUUCAAGGGCACCUACUGCUACCUGGUGCCCUACCUGGUCUGCUUCAUGUGGUGCGAGCUGGCCGUGGUGCUCCUGCUGCAGUCCACGGGGCUGGGGCUCGUGCGUGCCUCCAUCGGCUACCUGCUCUUCCUCUUUGCCCUCCCGGUGCUGGCCGUGGGGCUGGUGUUGGUGGGCCUGGUGCAGCUGACGCGGUGCCUGCUGUCCCUGGAGCUGACCAAAGUGGUGGUGGCGCUGGUGGCCUGUGGGCUCCCGCUGCUGCUGCUGCGCUGGGGUGCCGGGGCCCGCGCCUCUGUGGCCAGCGCACUGCGCUCACUGACACGCAGCUCCGUGGUCAAGCUCAUCCUGGUCUGGGUCUCAGCCGUGGUGCUGUUCUGCUGGUUCUACGUGUACCGCUCAGAGGGCAUGAAGGUGUAUAACUCCACGCUGACCUGGCCACAGUACAGCGCCCUCUGCGGGCCACGGGCCUGGCGGGAGACCAACAUGGCGCGCACGCAGAUCCUCUGCAGCCACCUGGAGGGCCACCGCGUCACCUGGACCGGCCGCUUCAAGUACGUGCGGGUGACCGAGAUCGACAACAGCGCGGAGGCGGCCAUCAACAUGCUGCCCUUUGCAGUGGGCGACUGGCUGCGCUGCCUGUAUGGCGAGGCCUACCCGCCCUGCGACGCGGGGGGCGCGCCCACCGCCCAGCAGGAGCUGUGCCGCCUCAAGAUGCUGGCCAAGCACCCGUGCCACAUCAAGCGCUUCGACCGCUACAAGUUCGAGUUGACGGUGGGCAUGCUGCUGGGUGGCCCCGAGGGCACACGGGCAGAGGAGGACGACGUUACCAAGGACAUUGUGCUGCGUGCCAGCAGUGAGUUCCGCACGGUGCUGCUGGGCCUGCGCCAGGGCAGCCUCGUGGAGUUCAGCACCGUGCUCGAGGGCCGGCUGGGCAGCAAGUGGCCAGUCUUCGAGCUCAAGGCCAUCAGCUGCCUCAACUGUCUGGCGCAGCCCUCCCCGGCCCCUCGGCACGUGAAGCUGGAGCAGGACUGGCGCAGUACGGCUCACGGAGCACUCAAGUUCGCCUUCGACUUCUUCUUCUUCCCCUUCCUGUCAGCUGCGUGA